AUGAAGCGUAGGACUAACUUAAUAUUGUUUACCCUGUUCGCGGCUAAUCUAAUCGACCAAUAUACACCAGAGGUGACCAUCGAGCAAGGGAUAUUGAGCGGUAAAAUAAGCACCGAUGGGAAGUAUUUCGAAUACAUCGGUAUCCCUUACGCCACUACGAACAGUAGUACACGUUUCCAGGCUCCAGGUCCAGCGCCGUCAUGGAGUGGCGUUCUCAAAGCAGUGGAUGAGAUACAUUUUUGCCCCCAAGUGACACCCAUAGGUGUUCUAGGCUCUGAAGACUGUCUAAAGGUUAAUGUCUAUGUUCCCGCGAUGGCCAAAAGACCCCUACCAGUAAUGAUUUACAUUCACGGUGGAGCGUUCAUCGUGGGUGGUGGAGGGAAACUAAUGUAUGGUCCUGAUUUCUUAGUUAAGAAAGAUGUUAUACUGGUAACAUUUAACUAUAGGUUAGGCCCUCUCGGUUUUAUUUGUUUACACAUAAAGGAAGCGCCUGGUAAUGCUGGAUUAAAAGAUCAGUUGGCUGCACUAAGAUGGGUCAAGAAAAAUAUCGCCGCGUUUGGGGGUGAUCCUGAUAAUAUAACAUUAUUUGGGGAGAGCGCUGGUGCUACGUCUACCUCUUUGCUAUUGGCAAGUAAUCACACCAAGGGACUCAUUAAUAGGGCGAUCAUUCAAAGCGGAUCUUCUAUCUCCAAUUGGGCUAUUAAUAGAAACCCUGUUUGGGUGGCUAGUCUGUUAGCAAAAUCCUUGGGUCAUGAUACAGAGGAUCCGUUAGAAAUGUAUAAUUUAUUCUCUCAGAUGCCAUAUAAAGAACUAAUAUUAGCUAAAGCGAAGAAACCACUCUCUAAAUACUUCGAUACACAAUUGUUGCAUUUACCCUGCGUUGAGAAAACAUUUCCCGGUGAGGAGUAUGUAAUCAACGAUCUACCCUACAACUUAUUGGAAAAGAAGACCGAGAGCGUCCCAAUAAUUUAUGGCACAACAAGCAAGGAAGGAUUAUUCUUAGUUGCUGCCGAGUCAGAGGAAUCCCUUGCGGAGAGAAACGGGCGUUAUUUGUUCGCGUCCGAUUUACGUUUUCCGUCGGAAGUCGAAGCGGCUACCGAAGCACUGGAAGUCCAGAAGUUUUACUUUGGUCAGAAUAGAAUAAGCAUGAAAGCUCUGAUGAACGUUUCUGAUUUAUACACGCAUCUAUAUUUUGAAAUGCCACCGAUUUUGGAGACCAGUUUACUGAUUAAAAAUUCCAAUGCAACCAUCUAUAAUUACUAUUUCGAUUAUGCGGGCGAACGGAAUUUCAUGAAGAAACGUUCGGGAUUCAAGAAUGAAACCGGUGCAUGCCACGGAGACGAUUUAAUGUAUUUAUUCAAGGCAACUUUACUACCUUUUGGGAUCAACAGCAGAGAUUAUCAAAUGAUUAAUACAAUGACAACUUUAUGGACCAAUUUCGCUAAAUACGGAGACCCGACACCAAAGUCAAAUGAUCCCAAGGUUCAAUGGAUUCCAAGCAAUAAGGAGCAAAUUAACUUUUUAUACAUAAACGACGAAUUAAAAAUGGGGCCGAUACCAAACCCUAAAGCCUAUCAGCUGUGGAAGUCUAUUUAUGACAAAUAUCGUAAAAAAGAGGUGGAC